GUGAUAUGGUCACAUUAGUAUGCUGAAAACGGAACGGCUUGUCAGAGUGGUGUUUCUUUUCUUAGUCAAAAAGUUUAAAUUAUUCGGUAGUUGUACAGAAAAUAAAUUCGAAAAACGACCAUAAAUUAAUAGUAGUUGAAAAGUUCCAGUUGCUACAAAGAGAGACAACAUGGCUGUUAACGUUUACUCCACAAAUGUCACAACGGAUAACUUGUCGCGUCAUGAUAUGUUGGCCUGGGUCAAUGAUUGCCUGCAGUCGCAGUUCUCAAAAAUUGAGGAAUUGUGUACCGGGGCCGCGUAUUGUCAGUUUAUGGACAUGCUAUUCCCGAAUUCAGUGCCCAUCAAGCGUGUUAAAUUCCGCACAAAUCUGGAACAUGAAUACAUACAGAACUUUAAGAUAUUGCAGGCGGGCUUCAAAAAAAUGUCUGUGGACAAGAUAAUACCAGUUGAUAAGCUUAUUAAGGGGCGUUUUCAAGACAAUUUCGAGUUUCUACAAUGGUUCAAGAAGUUCUUCGAUGCAAAUUAUGAUGGACGUGAGUACGAUCCAUUGGCUCAGCGUAAUGGAGUCAAACUGGGCAACGGCGUGGGCGGCACUGGCAGCGUCGGCGGUGGUGGCGGCGGCAGCAAUGGAGGCAGCGGCGUGGGCAGUAGCCAUAAUGAUAUACAUUUGAUGCAUCGCCGGCAAAUACAAAUGCCAAAUAGUGGUCGCUUGGCAGCUGGCGGUGUGGCUACCGCUACCGCGCCCAACAUACAGCGCAGCCAAACUGGUACGGACUUGUUGAAUCAAAAUAAUCAAGAGCAAAAUGAAGAAGGUGGUGCUGGUGGCUCAGUCUCAAAAGUGUUGCCACGUACGAACAAUGCAACGCCGCCUGGCAGAAUCGGAGGUGCAUCAAACAACACUGGCGCGGUGAAGAAGAACGAUGCCGGAAAUGCUGUGUCCAGUCAACAAAUUGAAGAGUUGUCUAAUCAGGUAAUGGACAUGCGUUUGAAUUUGGAUGGAUUGGAGAAGGAGCGUGAUUUCUACUUCUCGAAGCUUCGAGACAUUGAAAUACUUUGCCAGGAAGCUGAUGAUGGUGAAACGCAUCCACUGAUUCAAAAGAUUUUGGACAUACUUUAUGCGACUGAGGAUGGCUUUGCGCCUCCAGACGAUGCACCACCAGAGGAUGAGGAAUAUUAAGAGCACGCUUGCUAGCCAACCACUAUCAACAACAACAGCAACACACAGAAAUCAUAUGCUGCAUACAUGUUCGGGGGAGCUGAGACGGAGAAGAAACAAAAUGAAAACAAAGCCUAUAACAACUGAUAAUAGUAACCAAUACCAGCAUAACAAGAUCAAACGGAACGUCAGGCCGAUGUUGUAAAAAAAAUUAAAGCUUAUAUAUAAACAUAAUCGUAAACACCAAACGCGAAAAUAAUGUGGGAGACAGCCUGUGUGGGCAAAGGCAACAGUGGCGUCAAGUGUAUAAUACAAAACUAAUAUCUCCACUUUUUCGAGUAGUAGACCACAAUGCUGCUCUAAUUAUUUAAAGCAAAUUUAUGUAAUUAUAAUUAAUCGAACAAUGCAUUUAAUUUCAAUAAUUCGUUGUUGCUUGACGCCACUGCUUUCUAUAUAAUCUAAUGUACUGCAAUUAAAUUCGGUGUUUAAAAAUAAAUCUGAGAAUGCCUAGCAUGCUGACAAUUGUUUGCACUGGACAACAAACUCCAAA